AUGACUGUUAGCCAUCGCAAACCGCGCCCGACACACUCGAAUCAGGAGCGAUCAUCUGCUUCUGAGCCGGGUGUGCGAUACCACUGCGAUGUGUGCGGUGCAGAUAUCACAUUGACCGUGCGCAUUCGGUGUGCGGGUGGAUGCGAGGAUUUCGAUUUGUGUGGUACAUGCUUUUGUACUGGCUCGGAAUUGGGUCAGCACAAAGCAUGGCACGACUACCGUGUCAUUGAGCAGCAUGCGACGCCUGUGUAUUGUCCAGACUGGGGCGUGGAUGAAGAACUGCUACUGAUUGAUGGAUGCCAGCUAUAUGGUGUGGGAAACUGGGCAGAUAUUGCUGACCAUAUAGGUAAUCGCACCAAAGAAGAGGUACAGCGUCAUUUUAUCGAUGUGUACAUUGAAGGUAAAAAUGGUACGCCGUCCGGUGAGGCGCGUGCCCAAAAAGCUGUGGAUGCAUGGCGCGAAAACCACGCUUGUGACCCGGAAUUUCAGGGCGAAGAGCCGCUGCCCAUCGUGGGACCUGACCAAGACUUUCACGCCGACAUCUCUCCCGACGAGUUUCAGCUACAGCGUCGUCAGCGCAUUGAACAGUUGCGUGCUUCGCAGAUGCCGAUUGUACCGCCCAAAGCUGCCAAACCGCUCGUCUCAGCCCCUACGACUCACAGCGAAAUUUCAGGAUUUAUGCCCGGACGAUUGGAGUUUGAACAAGAGUUUGAGCAGGAAGCGGAGCAUGCUGUCAAGGACAUGGAGUUUGGACUGGUAUAUUCGUUUGGGGGUGACACAAUGCCGACGGAGAAAGAAGCAUUGGAUGGGAAGAGUGCUACUCAGGGCAAACCACGUAUGGAGUCUAGUGGACGCGGUGGUCCGGUUCCGGCUGCCGUGCCAAACCAAGAUGAUAUGGAAGAAGAGACGUUUUCUGACGCCCUCGAUACGCAUCCCCCACCUGACGAAUCUAUGCAAGUGGACGAAAAACCGGAAGACGCACAAGAAAAUGCGGUGCCAGAUACCAAAGCCGAGGCGAAAACAGAAGACGCCACCCAUGAUGAUCAUACCCCUGACUGGGAAGAAGAUCCGACCGACUUGGAACUCAAACUGGCCAUCCUCGACAUUUAUAGCGGCCACUUGGACCGCCGAGCUCGUAAAAAGCAGUUUCUUUUUGAGCGCAACUUGGUGGACUACCGACGAAAUACAGCAGGGGAGCGCCGGCGGCCCAAGGAGGAGCGUGAUUUGCUGGCGCGUAUCAAGCAUUUUUCGACGCUUCAGACAGCCAUGGACUUUGAAGAAUUAUACCAGAACCUAUGCUAUGAAGAGGCACUAAAAAAAGUCGUUCGGCAGCUUCAGCAGUACCGUACAUUGGGCAUUACGACGCUGUCCGAGGCAGCACGCUACGAAAGUGAGCUGGCCGAGCGCACGAAACGGCAGAUGGAGGCCGCAGAAGGAACGCUGCCUGCCCAGACAACAGGCCGUGCUCGGCACCGUGAUCGAAGUCAGUCCGUCCUGGAUAAGAAGGAAGGCGAUGAGUUUUCCUUUGCAAGUGCGCCUUCGAUCCAAUUGCUUUCGCCAGAGGAGCAGCAGCUGUGCUCGGCGCUGCACAUUCUUCCCCAGCCCUUCCUGCUUCUCAAGUCGGUCUUGCUCACAAGCAGCUUUGUGCACCAUCGGGAGUUGACCAUCGAGCACUGGGUGCAUUUGUGUGCGAUUGAUCGCCGCAAACUUGCGCACAUAUACGACUUUUUCCGCGAUCGUGGCUACCUUCAGGCCGUGACGCAGGCGUCGGCCUGGUCAGAGGCGCCGCCUCCGUCGACACGGGCGUCGUCUCGCGCUACGACAGACGACGGCGUUCGGUCGUAG